UUCUGUGGCCCCUUCCUCAUCCUCCUUCUUCAUGUGUCCCUCGCUUUGCAAUUAACUCUUCUUACUUUUCAAAACCAUUUCUUUUCCUUCUCUCUAACUCAUUUCAAAUUAGACCUCUCUGCAGUUUUACUCUUAUUUCCAUCCCCUUUCUUCAGUUUCAGCCAUGCAACGUCACCGUUUCUUGAUCUUGAUAUUGCUUCUCCUCCUUCUACUCGUCUUCUCCACUUCUGCAACUCGCCUUCCUAAACCGUCUUCAACGAGGAAUUAUCACCCCGGUUAUUCUUGUGAUUCUUUCUCUAACAAGAAGUCUCGUCUGUUGUGCAUUCAACUUCAAAGAAUCCACCGCCACUCCCGACGACCUCCUCCGCCCCCGCCACCGCCCUUAUCGCCUGAUGCAGAACUUGACCCGGUAUUCGGUGUGGACAAGAGACUCGUCCCCUCCGGACCAAACCCUCUUCACAAUUGAGGGAAAUUUCCACUCUCUCUUAACUUAUACUAUUUUCUUGAAGCACCUCUUGGAGAUAAAAAGAAUUAGUCUUUGGCAUCAUGAGUGGGUAAUGAUCGAUCGUCAACAAAUUAAGAGCAGUUUAAUUCCUGGUUAAUACUGUUAAUUAGAUUUUCUUUUUCUUCUUCUCUAUUUGAUCGGCAUGUCAUUAUGUAUAUGAGGUUGUUAUUUCCAUGCUUGUUUUUGGAUUUAUUUACGUUCUUUAGCAAGAAAUUAGGGUAGAAAAUUUUGUGGGAAUUGAAUGAAGAAAGCAACGAAAACAAUCAUGGAAAUAGUUUACCGUUUUGCCAAUGGAGAAGAUGAUGAAGUUUCCAUGAGUUUCAUGUACAGUGCUGAUUAAUGGUUUCAAUAUGAAUUAAUAUUUUUUUGUUUAA